ACAGCCAAUCAGAGCUCAACCUUCCGGAAACAGCUGAUAAGUCACCUUCUCUGUUUUCGAGGGAAAAUAAAGCGGAUUAUUGUCUACAAAGACUGAAAAACGAUCAAAUGAGAGGAAUUCUACAAACAUCAGCUACUACAUAACUGCUCGGUUUGUAAUCAUGUUCGCACGGACAAGAUUACCGCUGAAAACGUUAAAAAAAAUACGUGUGCAUUUUUGUCCUGACAUUUGUGGCACUUUUUAGGCUAAAACUGCUUUAAAUCACAUCUGAAUGAACACGAUCGUUAUUAUAUAUAUGUGGAUAUAAUACACGAUAUUUCUGGUCAGUUUUGCACCUAGUUAACAUUUUGACAACGCCUUGAAAAGCCGUCAACAAAGAAGGGCGUAGCGGCGGGAAACGAAAAAACCCUGCAAAAUCCUCCAAACUUUACACAUAAUACAACAGAAAAUCAUGUUAACGCUUAACAUUGUUGUCACUAAAAUAAAUACACGUUCAACGCACAUGCACCCCGACUUAUUAGAGAUCUAGUACAGAGUGAAUAAUCCUCUGAAUUGGUCAUGCUGUAUGCAUUAAUGUCAGAUUGUAUGAUAUGCAUAUUUGACACUCUUAAAAAGCCUGUAACUCAAGGCUAGAAUCGGCUCCUCUUUAAGCUAUUUAAAGCACAUUUUUAAAAUCGUUUUGUGCGUUUCUUGCAGCGGUUAAAUCAAAGAGAUGUGAAUUUCUUUUGUCACAUUUUAAACUGUUGUGUAAACGCGUAUUUUGCCAGUUUUGUAACACCGGUUCUGCUCGGUUUUGUAACCUCGCACAGACAAAGCCGUUUGAAUUUUCAGCAGCUGUUCACCCGGCACGUGAGCACAACCCUCCUCCUGAUUGGCUCCGUCGCUGCGCUAAUUUAAAGAGCCAGCGCGAGCUCCGUUCCUAUUUGCCAGCUGCUUUCAAGCGCCAAAAUUUCAAUAAAAAGGCGAGCGGACAGCAAAACCCGCUUCACUGUUGCUCUCUGUCUGUCCCUGUGUCUGUCAGUUCAGCCUUUUCCUGCUCUUUUUCUAUUUUAUUCCCUCCAAGGUCAUUUCUUUUUAUCUUUUACCUUUUUUGACUAAACUGAAGGACACCAAAAUGCUUUCUACUCGCUCUCCUCUGUCCGUGAAGAAUGAGAACUCCAUCAGCAGUCAGAUCGGCAACAUGAGUCUGGACAAAGAAAACACGGUAAGUCAUUAAAAUACUUAAAACCUUUGUUUUGUUUUUACCCUUUAACUGUCUGUGCUCUUAACUGAACACCAUGGCAGCCCUUUAUUAGACAUCCGCAGUUCAGGUGACCCGCAUUGAAUUUGUAACGAUCCUUCUCUAUGUGUAAUCAGAUGUGAUAAAAUUAAACAGAGACAGACUGCAAAGAUGUUAUUUCAUAAUAUCUGAGGGUUUGUUGUUUUCCUUCUUUCCAGCCUCCGAGUCUAAACUCUACUCGCAUCCUGGCGUCCAAAACCGCGCGUAAAAUCUUCGAGGAUCCUGCGGUAAGUGAGACCAUAUCUACUGAAAACUUCUGAAAAACGAUCGACCUGAAAUAUAAGCUCUUUAUUAUGGGCAACCAAGUACAAGUAAUUAUUGGAAACCUUUUGUCGACAUGUGGUGCCCUGUAAUGUGACUUCUGGCGCCAACAAUCAGCUGAUCAUGUCCACCCGCUUCCUCCGGAAGUUUGUCUAAAUUACAUUAAAUUAUUUGAUUUAAUUUAUGCCAUCUGUCUGCAACCCUGUGGAAGUAUAAACUGAAGUGAAUUAUACAUGUAAUAUUUGAAUGCCAUCCAUGAGUUGAACUGAGGCAGGCUCGGAUUAUGCUUACUCUUAACAUCAGCCCCAUCAUGAGAGCACAAGUAAGCAUGUGCUAAACUUAAAAACUUUCCAUUACCAAGCUAAAACAAAUACAAACUGCCUGAGUGAAUUACAAUUUUACUGAAAAGUUUAUGUGGGUCACGGAGUAGUUCCAGUAGUCUGAUGAUGGACACUGAAAAAUCAAGAUGUAUAGUUGAAUACAGCCUUGACAGCAGCACAAUGUGUAUUAAACCACUGCAGUCAAAUAGUCGCUGUAACUUAAACCUCAGUCUGCAGUAGAAAACUCGAAAGAGCCUAGGCAUUAACCUGUGCAGUGUUUGAGUGUUAUUCAUAUCUGGUGUUGUCUGUUUGUGUCCCUCAGCCUAAGCCAGUGAAGAAGAGCAGCAGUGGGGAGGAACCUCUUCUGAAGGAGAACCCUCGCCGCUUCGUCAUCUUCCCCAUCCAGUACCAUGACAUCUGGCAGAUGUACAAGAAGGCUGAGGCCUCAUUCUGGACUGCAGAGGAGGUAUGUCAGAGUUUGAGGGUCUGAUAGAAAGGCAUGUGUUGAGGUUGUUUCUCAGGUUGUAGAUCAUAUGACCCCAACAACUUAUGUCUCUUCAGGUGGACCUGUCCAAGGACCUGCAGCACUGGGAGUCUCUGAAGGACGAUGAGCGCUACUUCAUCUCUCAUGUGUUGGCUUUCUUUGCUGCUAGUGACGGCAUCGUCAACGAGAACCUGGUGAGAGUCAAAGAUUGAAGUUUUUAAUGUAGCAAACCUUAACUCAAAAUAUUGAGCAAUAAAACUACUGAAGAAAGGCUCGAAAACUUGCAGGAUAAAAACUUGAAGGGAAAUGUCAAGGACAUUUUUUACACUAUCAUUUCUUAAAUCGAACAGAUUAUAAAUUCGAAAUAAAAUAAACCACUGAAAGAAGACAAAAGGACUGACAGUAGUCUGACCUCUAAAUCUUGAAGCAGUCGAAGGUUUUUAUUCUGACUGGUUGAUGGAGAUCCUAACAAACUAGAAUCUGAUUUGAUAAAAAUGUAUUUUUAAUUGAAGAGUUGAAUCAUCAUCCUCAGUCAUUUAAUUUGAUCAAAUCCACUGAUCAACAUGAACUAAAAUGAAGUUCUCCUUUGCUGUUCCUCAUUUGACCACUAGGUGGAGCGCUUCACUCAGGAGGUGCAGGUGACAGAGGCCAGGUGUUUCUACGGUUUUCAAAUCGCCAUGGAGAACAUCCACUCAGAGAUGUACAGCCUCCUCAUCGACACCUACAUCAAAGACCCCAAAGAGAGGUGAGACCCUGAUACUGGUCUGGACUGGAGCCCAGAUACUGGUCUAUAAAGGAACCCCAUUACUGUUGAUGAUCUGGUGUCUGAUGGUGCGUUUACUGACCCACAGAGAAUACCUGUUCAACGCCAUCGAGACUCUGCCAUGUGUGAAGAAGAAGGCUGACUGGGCCAUCAACUGGAUCGGCAACAAGAGCGCCAACUACGGUAAAGCUGCUCGCCAUGAUGUCACUGAAUAACAGGGUAUGAUAUUGACCUUUAUCUGUUAUUGAUCAUCUGAUACUGAUCUGGACAUUGUGUUUCCUGCAGGAGAGCGAGUCGUGGCCUUUGCCGCUGUGGAGGGAAUCUUCUUCUCUGGUUCGUUCGCUGCCAUCUUCUGGCUGAAGAAGAGAGGCCUGAUGCCCGGCCUGACCUUCUCCAACGAGCUCAUCAGCAGAGACGAGGUGAUUAUUGAUCACUGAUCACAUUAAAUCAUGAAUUAACACCACGUGUGUGUCUACAGUGAGUGUGUUAACACUGUGUGUGUUUUCAGGGUCUUCACUGUGACUUUGCGUGUCUGAUGUUCAAACACCUGCUGGACAAGCCGUCGGCACAAACCGUCACCAGCAUCAUCAAGAACGCCGUGGAGAUUGAGCAGGUUCGUUCUUGCACACCAACUCCCCGCACACACUCUGAUCUACCUGUUCUUGUAGUCCACCUGGUGUUAAAGGUGUGUGUUUGUGUUUCUGUGUGUGUUCAGGAGUUCCUAACUAAGGCUCUGCCGGUGAAGCUGAUCGGGAUGAACUGUGAUCUGAUGAAGCAGUACAUCGAGUUUGUGGCCGACAGACUGAUGCUGGAGCUUGGAUUCAGCAAGGUAACCACAGAGACCACAACACCCAGUGAAACCUCAGUGUUAAGAGACAGGAGCGUUUUUAGGGUCAGUAGAGGAUCUGGAUCUGGUCUGUGGUGAUGAGCUGCGCAGGGGUACGGACCUCAGCCGAUGAUGGGGGCUGAGUGCUGCUGCUGAGCUCUGAUUGGAGGACAAGUGGUUCACUGACAGACUCGCAGCAGCACGAUAUUGACGCCAGACUGAACAGACCACCUCCUCUGAUCACGCAGACCUUUUGAGUCCCAGUGUCAUUAGAGUUAAAAUAGAAACUAACAGAUCCUUUAGUUUGUGCAGCGGUAAAGAAGUAUGAUUACAGGAGUAACUGGAAGUAAUGUUGUAUUCAAAUCCCUGUUAAAGACCUGACCCUUGACCCUCUGUGUGUUUUCAGAUCUACCGAGUGGAGAACCCCUUUGACUUCAUGGAGAACAUCUCUCUGGAGGGAAAGACCAACUUCUUUGAGAAGCGUGUGGGCGAGUACCAGAGGAUGGGCGUGAUGUCGGGCCCCACAGACAACACUUUCACACUAGAGGCAGACUUCUAGACAACUCAGCAGGACUUGGUCACAUAGGUCAUACUUCUGCUGGUACAUCUCUCUCUGCAGGAAGAGUACCUGAUUUGAGGACAUUUUUGAUUCACAGCAGAGACAGACCUGACUUGUGUGAUUGACUUGGUGGACUUGGUCUGAUCACUCAAAAGAAUGAACUCUAAAGAUGAUGGUGGAUAAGGAACUCACUACAGUUCUUCAUCUGGAAACUGCUGAGUCAUAUAUGAUGUACAUAGAAGAGUUACUCAGCAGUUAACUAGAUAACCUGAAACUUGCUCUUAUUUUGUUUUUUGUAAACUAACUUGAAUUUUUUAAGCUGCCUGUUUUUUAUACUUUUUCACUUGUAAGUUUCCAGUCAAAUUUGUACAAUUGUUGCAAUAAAGUGAUAUUUAUUGCUAACUAAAGUCCUUUCACUCAGCAGGUUCACUGAGAUGUUAUAUCAGGCAAACCAGAGGGAUUGAAAACGUUGUCAGGGUUCAAUGUUUGCAACAUGUGAGGUCGAAAUUUAACAUUGACACUUUGAAAAACUAGUAAAUGUACUUGACAUUUUCUCAGAAUUAAACUAGUGAAGACAUAA